GUUUCUAUCUUUAAGCUGUGGCCAGGGCUGUGACUGGUGACAGCACGGGAGCUUAUUUAUAUUUUUCUCUAUUUACUUUUAUUUAAAAAUGAAAACGUGCUAAACUGUAAAAAGAUAAUUAAAGAGAUCAUUAAUUUAUACUCAAAAUGGAUGAACCAAAUACGGGUACUCAAUCCAUUAGUGUCGAAGAACUCCGAGCGAAGGGUAAUGAAAGUGUUAAAGAUGGAAAAUUCAUUGAAGCUGUAUUACAUUAUACACAAGCUCUUAAAAUGGAUCCAAACAACCACGUUUUAUACAGUAAUAGGUCGUUUGCGUUCUUGAAAUUAGAUCAACAUUACCUUUCACUUCAAGACGCAAAUGAAACUGUCAGAUUAAAACCAUACUGGGCAAAGGGUUAUUUCCGUCGGGCUGAAGUAGAGGCAGCUAGUGGGUUGUAUGAUGAAGCUAUCAUUUCUUAUACAAGAGCAUUACAGCUUGAACCACGCAAUGUUAAGUUAAUGGAAUCCAUCAAAACCAUUACAGAUAUACAGAAGAACAAAAUAAAAGGUCGUCAGAAUACCAUUUGGAUCUGCACUUGCGUUGGGUUAAUAAUGGGUAUAACCGUUGUAUUAUUAGAUUACACCUUGACUACAAGCCCAACAUUAAAUCAUCCUCUUAGCAUGGUAGCAUUUUCUAUAGCACUAGCAGGAGUGGGAUUCGCCAUAGGAAAAACGGCAACAUUAAUGAGUGCAUGGAGUGCUGGGAAAUCUUUACAACCUCCAGAAGAUUUAGUUUUUAAUGAAACAAAUGAAAAUGAAACUCCUGUACCUGAAAAAAAGACAAAAUAUAGCAAAGCCCAAGCAAGACAGAGGUAUAAACAGGGAAAACUUUAGAUUUAUAUACUUGUAUAUUCUUCAUUAGUUAUUUCAGUUGUUAUAAAUAAAUCUUAGUUAAUUUUUUAUAUUCCAUAACAUAUAAUAUGUAUAGUUUAAUUUCAGUAAAAAUUUAACCUUGUAAAAAUAGUGUUUUAUAGUUUAUUUCAUUAAAGACUGCCAAUGUUACUAACUAUUUUGAGAAUUAGGUACAACAUAAUAAAUAAUAAAUAAACAUUAUUAUGAGGUUGAAUAUCUUCAGUAAGAGGUGACACACAUAACCAAAAGUGUGGAAGGUUGGUUGAUGUUUAUUGAGAGAAAGGCUGUUUGCUCCUUAAAGAAAAAAAAAAUCUUAUUAUAAUUUUCUAACAGUUUGGCGAAUUUGUUUUGUCAUCUGUUGAUUGGGCUAGAAUUUUGAGAUAUGACUGUUAUUAAUAAUAAUUGUAACUGUAAUAUUCACAUAAAAUAUAUAGUUUUAAGAUUUUUUUGAUUGGGUAAAAACUUAUAAAACUUUGGGAAGGUUUUUGAAUAUUCAAUUUAUACAUUUUAUUCCGUUAGACUUGUAUAGGUAAUUUGGUACUAAGCUCUAAGUGUACUUGUUGAUCUUGAAAACACAUGUUUAAAAUAUUGAUUGUAUUGAAGUGCAUUUAGGCAAUAAAAGUUGAAAUAAAUAAA